CAUCCAAAAAAAAGCCCUAGUACCCUGUUCUUUGCAGUUGGGUCUUGCUCUGCUUGAUGAUUUACUACGGCUCAGGUCUCAUGGUGAAGAAUAUGUCAGAUCUUUCAUAUUUUGCUGAACCUGACACAAGUGCUCUGUUCUUUGCGGUUGGGUCUUGCUCCGCUGGAUGAUUUACUGCUCAGAUCUCAUGGGGAAGAAUAUCUCAGCUCUUUCAUAAUUUGCUGAUCCUGGUAAACCGUAAAGCUUAGCUUUCUCACUGUGAGUAGCCUGCAAUGUUUGCUUUUUCCAGUUCAAGACUAUCUUUAAAUAAGAUUGUUUCUCUGUUUGUCUCAAAUGCCCAACUGGAUAUUCUUCCCUUUCACUCAUUAUUUGUAAUCAAAUCCUUUUCAUCUAGGGUAUCUUCUAAUUUGAAUGACCACUCAUUUACAGUUUCCUUUCUCAUAAAUUCAUGUGGAUUAACCCUAAAAUCUGCUCAAUCUGUCUCUAAGAAAAUAUGUUUUAAUACCCUAGAAAGACCAGAGUCAGUACUUAGGCUUCUCAGGGAACAUGGAUUCACCAAUUUCCACAUCUCCAAAAUUGUUAAGAUCAGGCCCAAUGUGCUUUUACUACAUCCUGAAAGGACAAUUUUACCCAAACUUGAGUUUCUAUGUUCUAUAGGGGUUUCAAGAUCAGACCUUUCCGUAAUUGUUUCUCAGAACCCAGAUUUGUUGAAUCGAAGUAUAAAGCAAAAUCUGAUCCCACAUUAUCAUAUCCUCAAAAGUAUACUCGUUUCUGAUGAGAAAGUUAUUAAAUGUUUGAAACGCUUGUUAAAAUCUUCUGUAGUGCUUUCGCAGAACGACUUCUAUGCCAAUUUAUCACUUUUAAGAGGGCUUGGAAUGCCUCAAUCUUCCAUCUCUUUCUUGGUCACCUAUCAUCCCCUUAUUGUGUGCCUAAAAGCUUUCAAUUUUGCUGAAGGGGUUAAGAAAGUUGUUCAAACAGGAUUUGAUCCUUCCAAACCGACGUUUGUCAGGGCACUCCAAAUUUUGCUUGGGUCGUCGCAGAAAACAUGGGAACACAAAAUUGAGGCUUAUAGGAGGUGGGGUUUAUCUGAAGAAGAGAUUUCGUCAAUUUUCAGAAAGAGUCCCUUAAGUAUUGGUCUGUCUGAAAAGAAAAUUAUGUGCAACAUGAAUUUUCUUGUGUGCAAGAUGGGUUGGCAGCCUGCUGCCGUUGCUAGAGUUCCAGUUGUUCUGUGCUAUGGUUUGCAGACAAGGAUUAUGCCUAGAUGUUCAGUCAUAAGAGUUUUGCUUUUGAAGGGUUCGAUCAAGGCAGAUAUCCCUAUAUCCUCGGUCUUGACUAGUUGUGAAAAGUACUUCUUGGAAAGGUGCUCAAUCACCGGUUUUCUGCUGAAAUAUUAAUCGAGAAGAACAUUUUGUUUCAAGUACUAACUGGAUCCAUCCAUGACUCUGUCUGUAGUGUAAGCAGCAGGUUCUUCAGUGGCUAAGUAUUUUUGGAUAUUGCAGAAUCUAGACCUAGGACUUGGAUUUGAGUAGAAGAAGAAUCAUUGCAGAUCCAGUGGGAAUUCUUCUUCUCUUUUUCUUUGAAUUUAAUUUCUUUUUUAAUUUUUUAAUUGCAGAUCCAUGGGAGGUGAUGGUUCAAUAUUUGUUGUAAAAUAUUUGAGAAAAAGAUGUAAAAUAUGCUAUUUCCUCAAACUGUUGUGUGUGUUUUUGGUCCUUUGUCCACUUGAGAUGUUUUGUAGAGAAUGAUAAUCUCAUUUGGUGGAAGCAUUUAUUGGUUAAGAGUC